AUGGGACGGAUUACGGUUGAGCUUUUGCGCCGUCGCGCGGAGCACAACGAGGGGUGCCUGAGCAAUCUGAAGGAAAUUGCGCUGCACCAGCAAGACAUUGAGAAGAUCGAGGUGGUUGGGGAUGCAUGCCGCGAGCUGGAGAUUCUGUACCUGUGCAACAACUACAUUUCGCGGAUAGAGGGACUGCACCACCUCAAGUGUCUCAAGUACUUGAACCUGGCCGUGAACAGCAUCACUUGCAUCGAGGGGUUAGAGGGCUGUGAGGCGCUUGAGCGGUUGGACCUGACGCUGAACUUCGUGGCGGACAUGACGUGUGUACGACGACUGCGGGCAAAUGCCUUUCUGGACCAGCUGCACCUCACGGGAAACCCGUGCACAAAGGUUGAGGGCUACCGCGCCUACGUUAUUCAUGCGCUGCCGCAGCUGCGGGACCUGGACGGGGAGGAGGUGACGCGCUCGGAGCGUAUCGAGGCGCGCCAGUGCGAUAGCGACGUGGCCGCGGUUGUAGACGAGGCGGCGCUGCGUAUCCGAGAGGAGGAGCGGAUCAAGGCAGAGAUGAUCAGGCAAGGCAUUGAGGUAUUUCCACCGCGGUACAACGAGAAGGGGGAGCGGGUCUACGGGCACACGCCGGAGGAGCGACUGCAGAUGUUGCGCGAGAAGGAAGAGGAGGAGGAGGCGCGGCGACAGAAGAAGCUUCAGGAGGAAAAGGAAGCGGGGAGCUUGGCGGCCCUGGGCGCGGAGUUAAACAUGCAUCCGCGGCGUCUCAGUGCUGAGGAGGAGAUGGCAAAGUACGGCCGACUGCUACUUCGGAAUGAGCCCAAGUUGCCGAUCCGGCUGGACGAGGAGAGUAGCGAGGAGGCGGUGAUCCUCACGGUGGGGGUGCCAAAGUUCCUCUCCACCACCCUUGUAGAUCUGCAGAUUGAGGUGGAUUACAUUCGCGUGGUGGUGAAGGGGAAGCUCAUCCAGGUGCCGCUGCAGCGCGAGAUUGCGCCGUCGGCGGCGAAGGUGCAGCGCUCCAUGGUGACGGGUGAACUUCACGUCACGGUGCCGUACGCCCCUCACGUAUUGCAGGAGAUUGCGGAGGCAAAGAAGAAGCGGCAGAGGCUGCGUGGCGUCUGGGCCGAGGAGGAAGGCAACGAAGUUGCAGAGUGA